AUGCUUAAAUCUCAGGUAGUGAUGGUCAUCCAACAGUCCGACGGUACUUCUACAGUCCAAUCAUUCAUGGCGCAAUGUGUUCAUCAAAAGAUUCACUACGACAAGCAGACUCUGCCUCACCGAAUCGAAGAAGCGCUCGAGGAGCUGAGACUCGUCGCGACGAAACUUGAACAAAAAGCUCCAUUACCUCAGGUGGAGAUGAAGAUUGUCGUCGACGAACACCAUCAGCACGGGCCUGAGGUCAGUGAAGUGGACAUUGGCAUGCCGCUAGCAGUGCAGUGGAAACUUAUUCCCAGAAUCCAUGCUUAUGGUUUUCACGUGAAAAACUGUGUUGUGAAGGACGAUAUAAGCGGAAUCGAGCACGAGCCUUGUUCGACGGAUUUAAGCAUUUUCGCUCAUCCACAUUACGAUACGUACCAUGACACUGCAUCAUCACAUUUAUGGGCAUUCAAGCCGCCAUUCUGCCCAGAUCUUAUCAGUUCUCCAACGAACUCCAUUCUCUACGACGCCGAAGGAGCGUUCUUGAAGCGACGACGUCAAGCUGGUGACGGAGAAACUCAAACUGUCAGAGCCGCUCUAUGUACAGGCAAUGAGUGCGAUUCUCCAUCACUAGGGUUGGAUAAACGAUGCUUUGACCUGUACUGGGUAGCAGCGUCCACUGGAUUCUCGUUCGCUGCACUGAUCGCAGCGAUCUCCAUUCACAUCGGUGUCAAAGCUAAAAUCGCUCGGCAAUGA